AUGUUGAUWAUUCACAAUUACUUACUCGGGCUCCCAAGUACCUCUGAGUUUGGCGGUCCGCGUACACGUAAGCCGAAGAAGUUGGCCGGUGAGAAGGGCAGCAGUAGCGGUGCAUCGAAUGGCAGCGGAAGUGGAGGUGGCGGUGCUGCCACCGCAGAGGAUAAACGACCGCGCACGGCGUUCAGUGGCUCGCAAUUGGCGCGCUUGAAGCAUGAGUUCACCGAGAACCGCUAUCUAACCGAAAAGCGACGGCAACAACUCAGCUCCGAACUGGGACUAAAUGAAGCGCAGAUCAAAAUUUGGUUUCAAAACAAACGUGCCAAACUGAAAAAGUCGAGCGGCACUAAGAAUCCUUUGGCGCUGCAACUAAUGGCGCAAGGCCUUUACAACCACUCAACAGUGCCRCUGACGCGUGAAGAAGAAGAACUGCAAGAGCUGCAGGAGCGCGAGAACGCAGCAGCGGCCGCAGCAGCAGCAGAGAUAAGAAACGGUGGCGCCACGACGGCAACAACUGUGUCCACGUAGGUACUCUCACACUACUGCUGAGGUAUUUGAAUUUUGAGGUCAACGAAGUAAUAAUAUCGCUGUAAAUUAUAUUAAUUAAUUAAUUUAUAAAACACUWAUAGCAAAAAUAUGUAUACGAAUG